CUUCCCUUGAAAUUCAUCAUUCUUCACCUUACCUUGACAGAAAACUCAUCAUACAUAGUACAAGAAAAGACUACAUUCUCCACUGUGUAGUACAGAUUGAGGAUCAAUGGCUGCUGUACCAUUCUGUGUUUCAUCAACUGUUGUGGCAAUCUGCAAAUCUGCUCCAACCAGAAGGGCAAAGCCAGCUGCUAACAGAGUUUUGGUGAGAUCAGGCAGUAAUGCUUCAGGCAGUAAUGCUUCAAUCAAUAAUAUGUCUAUGCAAGAAUCAUCAUCAUCAUCUGAGAACAAGAUUAAGGUUUUUGAGGACAAAUCAAAGGGUAUUGUUUGUUACAGAGAUGAGAAUGGGGAGAUAACAUGUGAAGGGUACGACGAAGGGCCUAGAUUUUGCCAGCAAUUUCCUAAGUUUUCCUGUAAUUCCAGGGAAUCAGAGAUCAUUGAUCUGCUGCAAAGAUGCUGGCUUCAAGUCAUUGAUGGUGCUGAAAUGUAAUAACCAUUGGAAACAAAGGGCUUAUUGGGCAAAACAGAACUUCCAUUUUGGAUCACAGGCAAAAAAACAACAGCAAUGGCUUCUUUGAUUCUCAUAGUUUAUGAUUACAUCUCUAUUUUCUCUCCCCUUCUCUUCUACUUUGUACAAGAUGUAAAAUAAAUGCCACUGAAGAUUGAUGUUCAUGUACA